AUAAACGCACAAACUCGUUAAAUUUGUACGAAUAUAAUUUUUUUUAAAACACUCGUUAUAAUAUAUUAAAGUUUCACCCAAACCGAAAAAAGAGAGAAUCUGUGCAUGUUGCUCAGAAAAUCUUCAAAGCGUAAUCUGGGCUUACGUUAGCUCUCACGAACCCCCAAGGAUCUUCUAUAUAUGUUUUUUCAUUUCCCCAUAAAAUCUUUCAUUAUCUAAAAAAUAUUAUUAUCGUAUCUUUUUUCUUCUAUAUAUUCUUCCUCCUCAAUCUUGAUUCUUGUUUCUUGAGUAUUCUUUGAUGAAUCGUGAAAUGACGUCAAGCUUUCUUCUCCUGACGUUCGCCAUAUGUAAACUGAUCAUAGCCGUGGGUCUAAACGUGGGCCCCAGUGAGCUCCUCCGCAUCGGAGCCAUAGAUGUCGACGGCCACUUCACCGUCCACCCUUCCGACUUAGCCUCCGUCUCCUCAGACUUCGGUAUGCUGAAGUCACCUGAAGAGCCAUUGGCCGUGCUUCAUCCAUCAUCGGCCGAAGACGUGGCACGACUCGUCAGAACAGCUUACGGUUCAGCCACGGCGUUUCCGGUCUCAGCCCGAGGCCACGGCCAUUCCAUAAACGGACAAGCCGCGGCGGGGAGGAACGGUGUGGUGGUUGAAAUGAACCACGGCGUAACCGGGACGCCCAAGCCACUCGUCCGACCGGAUGAAAUGUAUGUGGAUGUAUGGGGUGGAGAGUUAUGGGUCGAUGUGUUGAAGAAAACGUUGGAGCAUGGCUUAGCACCAAAAUCAUGGACGGAUUACUUGUAUCUAACCGUUGGAGGUACACUCUCCAAUGCAGGAAUCAGUGGUCAAGCUUUUCACCAUGGUCCUCAAAUUAGUAACGUCCUUGAGCUCGACGUUGUAACUGGGAAAGGAGAGGUGAUGAGAUGCUCAGAAGAAGAGAACACAAGGCUAUUCCAUGGAGUUCUUGGUGGAUUAGGUCAAUUUGGGAUCAUCACUCGAGCACGAAUCUCUCUCGAACCAGCUCCCCAAAGGGUGAGAUGGAUACGGGUAUUGUAUUCGAGCUUCAAAGUGUUUACGGAGGACCAAGAGUACUUAAUCUCAAUGCAUGGUCAAUUAAAGUUUGAUUACGUGGAAGGUUUUGUGAUUGUGGACGAAGGACUCGUCAACAAUUGGAGAUCUUCUUUCUUCUCUCCACGUAACCCCGUCAAGAUCUCCUCUGUUAGUUCCAACGGCUCUGUUUUGUAUUGCCUUGAGAUCACCAAGAACUACCACGACUCCGACUCCGAAAUCGUUGAUCAGGAAGUUGAGAUUCUGAUGAAGAAAUUGAAUUUCAUACCGACAUCGGUCUUUACAACGGAUUUACAAUAUGUGGACUUUCUCGACCGGGUACACAAGGCCGAAUUGAAGCUCCGGUCCAAGAAUUUAUGGGAGGUUCCACACCCAUGGCUCAACCUCUUCGUGCCAAAAUCAAGAAUCUCUGACUUCGAUAAAGGCGUUUUCAAGGGCAUUUUGGGAAAUAAAACAAGUGGCCCUAUUCUUAUCUACCCCAUGAACAAAGACAAAUGGGACGAGAGGAGCUCAGCCGUGACGCCGGAUGAGGAAGUUUUCUAUCUGGUGGCUCUAUUGAGAUCAGCUUUAACGGACGGUGAAGAGACACAGAAGCUAGAGUAUCUGAAAGAUCAGAACCGUCGGAUCUUGGAGUUCUGUGAACAAGCCAAGAUCAAUGUGAAGCAGUAUCUUCCUCACCACGCAACACAGGAAGAGUGGGUGGCUCAUUUUGGGGACAAGUGGGAUCGGUUCAGAAGCUUAAAGGCUGAGUUUGAUCCGCGACACAUACUCGCUACUGGUCAGAGAAUCUUUCAAAACCCAUCUUUGUCUUUGUUUCCUCCGUCGUCGUCUUCUUCGUCAGCGGCUUCAUGGUGACACAGGACAAAACCAAGAGGAAAGUAGUAGUUGAGAAAUAUUCUUCCUGAUGUAUAUAUAUGACCUAAUAGAGAAGCAUCAGAGAGAUUAGGUUGGGUCUUUUGUUAGUAGGGGUUUUAAAAUUAGAGUAGAAGAUUCAAAAUUAGUCAAAUUUAUUGUGUUGUUUUUAUACAUCACGGAUUUUGGAAAUGGGUUUGGGACAGCUUAAACCCAAUUAAAUUAAAAAUAGACAACAAACCUCAAAGACUGUUUUGGACUAUUUUACAUUUUUUUUGGUUGAUCGAGGUUUAUACUUUAUCGUCGUGGAACCACCAUCGGGUCUCCUUUGGAGAUCUUCCGUUCUUACAAUUCUUCACAUAUCGGUCAUUAUCGGUUGGUCGUUGCUGCAACAAAACAAGCCAAGCGAGACGAAGGUUCAGCUUCAGCAACAAAGAGAUCAAAGUUUAUAUAUUAAUGGUGAGUGUAAGAGCUGUAAGUACCUUUUCAGUCGAGCUUGAGAGCAUGGAGAGGAUGCUAAUGCAGAUAGAACUCACCGUCAUGGCUGGAGACCACGAAUCAUACAAAAUAUCUGCAACGAUGAUACACAACAUCAGAUACUUCUUCCAGGAGGCCUAUGUUAAAUAAUAAGCUACUGAAAUUUGAGUGUACCCUUGGAUCUAAAAGCAAAAUCUCAAGCAAUAUGAGUUUCGAAGAGGGUCUUAUCUUCGGGUAAGACUUCAAAUGAGUUUAGGUAUACAAACGACUUAUGUUACCUCUCACAUUGUGAUUAUUAAUAUAUUAGAGAUCAUAC